AUGGCGCUUUUCAUACCUUUAAAUUUGAAGAGACCAAAUUUCUGUAUUAUUUUACUUUUGCUGAGCAUAGUUGUCAGCAUUUCAGCUGAAGAUGUUUACCAUGACAGAACAUUUCUGAUAUCGCCAUUAUACGCCGAUUUGAAGCCUGAUAUGCUUCCUGUGAAAGAAGUCAAUGUUAAAACUGCAAUCCAGUGCGCUGCAGAGUGCCUUAGCCACGUCACAGACCCGUGUCACAGUCUCAUCUUCAACGGCGGCGAAGGCAUCUGCUCCAUAUACGACGAAAGGCUGUACUUGUUAUCAUUUGUGGAAGAUAUUGGGUCAACGGCUUAUGAAACGUUUCCCGAGAUUCAGUCCGACUGUUAUGACGUCAUGAUGAAUGGAGGUGAUACCAGCGGCAUUUAUACCAUACAACCAACUGACACUGAUGCACCAAUCAACGUGUCUUGUGAAAUGCCACCCGAUGAUGGAGGCUGGUUGGUUAUUCAGCGACGGACGGACGGAUCAGAAGAUUUCUACAGAACUUGGGAUGAAUACACAGACGGAUUUGGAGAUUUGAACCAUGAGUUUUGGUUAGGGAAUAAAAACAUCUAUCGCAUAUCUGACCAGACUACCUAUGACCUGAGAAUCGAGUUGGAAGACUUUGAAGGCAACUCAAGAUACGCUGUAUACAAAGACUUCUAUUUGGAAAGAGAAGUAAAUGACUUCCGGUUGUCCAUAGGCGAGUACAGCGGAACUGCAGGCGAUGGACUCAGCAGUCACUACGGACAACCCUUUUCGACGUGGGAUAGAGAUCUGGACUCGGCUAGCGGGAACUGUGCCCAGUCGUUUCACGGCGCGUGGUGGUACUUCGACUGCUACAGAUCUAACCUGAACGGCGGCUACCUGCACGGGAACCACUCCGCCGACCCAAGCGGAGUAAGCUGGUACCCCUGGCGGGGCAUGCACUACUCCCUCAAAUCCACCGUCAUGAAGAUCAGACCAAGUCCAGUGAUGGCGUACUCGAACUGGGACGUACUCCGUUGACUCUAUAGGUUGUGUUAAACCAAAACAGAGACUUCCGUGUCGAAGGUCGAGAUGCAUAAAUA